AUGGGCACCAGGGUGGUGCUUGUGCCCCCUCUUGUGUGGAGGCUGCUGGGCUGCUGUUUCGUCUGCGGCUGGGCUCUGGGGAACCCGCAGCCUCUCCGCUCUCUGCCCCCGCUGUCCUCCCGAGUCAAGCCAGGAUCUGUGCCCACGUGGGUGCCCCCAGAGGGGGCCGAGCCAGCCCUGGCUUUUCUCUACUCUGGAGAUGCCCAACAGCUGUUGGGAGCUAACUGCAGUGAGCGCUACGAAGUGCACGGGGCAGAAGCCAGAUCGGGACUACCGCCAUUCCUACAGGGGGCAGCAGGCACCUUGGCCCAGGCUGCCAACUUUCUCAACAUGCUGCUGCAAGCCAACGACAUCCGCGAGUCCAGCGUGGAAGAGGAUGUGGAGUGGUACCAGGCACUGGUUCGCAGUGUGGCUGAGGGGGACCCAAGGGUGUACAGGGCUUUGCUGACCUUUGACCCUCCACCAGGGGCCAGCCACCUACAGCUGGCCCUGCAGGCCACCCGGAUCGGGGAGGAGACCAUCCUUCAGGACUUGUCUGGGAACCAGGUACACGAAGAGAGCCCUGUCGGGGACCUGGACACCCCUGCCCUGAAGAAGCGGGUGUUGACCAAUGAUCUAGGGAGCCUCGGCAGCCCCAAGUGGCCCCGGGCAGAUGGAUAUGUGGGGGAUGUGCAGCAGGUGAGGCUGUCUCCUCCCUUCCUGGAAUGCCAGGAGGGCCGGCUCCGACCUGGCUGGCUGAUCUCCCUCUCUGCCACCUUCUACGGACUCAAGCCAGACCUCAGCCCAGAGGUCAGGGGACAGGUGCAGAUGGACGUGGAUCUCCAGAGUGUGGACAUCAACCAAUGUGCAAGCGGCCCGGGCUGGUACUCGAACACACACCUGUGUGAUCUCAACAGCACCCAGUGUGUCCCCCUGGAGAAUCAGGGCUUUGUUCUCGGCCGCUACCUCUGCCGCUGCCAACCUGGAUUCUAUGGGACAAGUCGCUCCGAGGGGUUAGAGGAGAGUGUCACUCAGAGUCCUGGGCAAGUCGGGUCCCCACAAGACAGCUCUGGGCAGCUGCUGCAGUGCCAGCCAUGUUCUGAGGGCUGCACCAGCUGCAGAGAUGCCACACCAUGCCUGGCAGAAGAGGCCCUGGCGCUGCGGGCAGCCGUGUUGGCCUGCCAGGCCUGCUGCAUGCUGGCCAUCUUCCUGAGCAUGCUGGUUUCCUACCGCUGCCGCCGGAGCAAGAGGAUCUGGGCGUCUGGAGUCAUCCUGCUGGAAACUGUCCUUUUUGGAUUCCUGUUGCUCUACUUCCCUGUCUUUAUCCUGUACUUCAAGCCCAGCGUGUUCCGCUGCAUCGCCCUGCGCUGGGUGCGGCUGCUGGGCUUUGCCAUAGUCUACGGCACCAUCACGCUCAAGCUCUACAGGGUGUUGCAGCUGUUCUUGUCUCGGACGGCCCAGCGGGGCACCCUUCUGAGCAGUGGGAGGCUGCUGCGGCGCCUGGGGCUGCUCCUGCUGCCCGUGCUGGGCUUCCUGGCCGUGUGGACAGUGGGCGUCCUGGAGCGAGGCGCCCAGCACGCACCUCUGGUGAUCCGAGGCCACACUCCCACCGGCCGCCACUUCUACCUCUGUCACCACGAUCGCUGGGACUACAUCAUGGUUGUGGCCGAGAUGCUGCUCCUGUGCUGGGGCAGCUUCCUCUGCUAUGCCACCCGGGCUGUCCUCUCGGCUUUCCACGAGCCGCGCUACAUGGGCAUCGCUCUGCACAACGAGCUGCUGCUCUCUGCGGCCUUCCACACGGCCAGGUUUGUGCUGGUUCCCUCCCUGCACCCGGACUGGACCCUCCUCCUCUUCUUUUUCCACACCCACAGCACAGUCACUGCCACUCUGGUUCUGCUCUUCAUUCCCAAGCUCUGGAAACUGGGGGCUCCCCCUCGGGAGGAGAUGGUGGAUGAGGUGUACGAGGAUGAGAUGGACUUGCAGCGCUCGGGCUCCUACCUCGGCAGCAGCAUCGCCUCAGCCUGGAGCGAGCGCAGUCUGGACCCCGGGGACAUUCGGGACGAGCUGAAGAAGCUCUAUGCCCAGCUGGAGGUCCACAAGACCAAGGAAAUGGCCGCUAACAACCCCCACCUGCCCAAGAAGCGGCACAGCUCCCGCCAGGGGCUGGGCCGCUCCUUCAUGAGGUACCUGGCCGAGUUCCCCGAGGCGCUAGCCCGGCAGCACUCUAGGGACUCGGGCUCCACAAGUCGCAGCAGCCUGCCCGGCUCCUCCCGCCGCCGGCUCCUCAGCUCCAGCUUCCAGGAACCCGAGGGAACACCCACUCUGCGCAAGUCCCGCAGCACUUACAACCCGCGCAGGGAGCAGGAGCCGCCUCUGCUCGACUCGCUGCUGAGGAGGAAGUUGGCCAAGAGGGUCUCUCGCGGGGAGAGCCGGGAGUCAGUGGAGGGCCCUCCUGCCCUGGGCUUCAGGUCAGCCAGCGCCCACAACCUGACUGUGGUGGAGAGGCUCCCCAGAGCCCGGCCCGCCUCCCUGCCAAAGUCCCUCAGUGUGGCUGGCUCCAGGGAGAAGGCCCUGCUUGUGGCCAGUCAGGCCUACCUGGAGGAGACCUAUCGGCAGGCCAAGGAGCGGGAGGAGCGAAAGAAGGCCGAGGUGGCCAUGGCGAGCCCGGUGCGGAGGUCAUCGGCCAGGAGGACGGAGCGUCAAGGGGCCCCGCUGUCGGCCCCGCCUUCCCCUGCCAAGAGCAGCAGCGUGGACAGCUCUUAUGCCUCUGGAAAUCUUCAGGAGGAGGCCGGAAGAAGGCUGGCCCAUCCACCCAUCCGGCACCAGGUCUCCACGCCCAUCCUGGCCCUCUCUGGAGCCUGCCUGGGGGAGCCGAGGAUGCUGUCUCCCACCUCCACCUUGGCCCCAGCUCUGAUGCCAGCUCUAGCCCCAAGCCCUGCCCCUGCCCUGGCACCCAUUCCAGUGUCCCCGCAAAGCCCUAGCUUACUCACCUUCAUCUGCCCCUGGGAGAAUGCAGAACUGCCAGUCAAGAAAGAAAAUGUGGCCCAGGAAGCACCCUCAGGCACCCUCUCCCCUGCCCCAGCGAGAGCCAGGCUCUGGAGGGCCCUCUCUGUUGCAGUAGACAAAAAGGGGCCGGGCGAGACUCACAUGGACACAGAGGACGGGCAUCUCCAGAGGGAAGCUAAUGGGGGGGAUGAGGACCGGCCCAAGUUCUUCCCCAAAUCCCAUAGCCUCAAGGCCCCUGUUCAGGAGGGCUCCAUCCGCAGCCUGGGACUGGCCAUCAAAGCUCUGACCCGUUCUCGGAGCACACACAGAGAGAAGGAGGGUGGGGAGGAGAGUCCUGAGGGGGGGAAGGGCAAGGCUGCGGGACCAAGUGUGGGGGCGUCCUCCAGAUCUCCCAGGCAGGGCCGGCCCAAGGCGGUGAGUAAGCAGGCUGCUCUGGCCCCCUGUGACGAUGAGGAGUCCCUCCAGAACCAACAGAACGUUCACACCAGCAGAAUGCUCCAAGUCCGUCAACAGGAGGGCAGCAAGGAACAAGAAGACAGAGGCAGAAGGCCGUCCCAGGGCCCAGGGGAGCGGAAAGUUGAGAGAGCUGGGAAAACGGGGUCUGCCACACCGAGGCAAGUUUCCAGGGACAAAAAUGCUGAACAAGCCAGAGAGGCGCCUGUCGGGUGGCGGGAACUGUCCAAAGCCAGCCUCCAGCCCCUGGGCAGUGCUGACCACAGGGUGGCAGAGGUAUGUCCCUGGGAAGUUGCUGAGUCAGAAAUAUGUCAGCCAGACAGCAGCAACAAGGCUGAAAUCUGCCCCUGGGAGGUGAGUGAGGGAACCCCUGAGAGGAGGCCAUUAAGACAAGAUCUAGGUGACGCCCAGGAAGAGAGAAAGAAAGCCCUAGAAAAAUCAGAGCCCAAAGACGUGACUGCCAUUGCACGCAAAAAGCCAGAUAGGCUGGUCAGGGGGCAGGAAGCAGUGUGUCCCUGGGACAGUGCUGAUCCUGGAGCUCUGUCCCCUGGGUCAGCCCCUCAGGACUCCGAGAGAACCAAGGGCAGGUCUGAGGCUGUGGGCAAUGUGGAGGUUAGGAGGGUGGACAAGCCUCGGUGGGAAGCCACCGGCCCAGAAGCUGAUACCCCUGACAAGGCCAAGGCAGAGCUGUGUCCCUGGGAGGCAAGCCGAGGAGGAGAGGGUGAGAACCUGGUCCAGGAGGCAGGGAGGGAGCCCCCCCAGGAAAAGCAGAAAACCCCUAAGAAAGCAACCUUCUGGAAAGAACAGAAACUGGUCGGAGACUUGGAAUCUCUCUGUCCAUGGGAGAGCACAGAUUUCCGGGGCCCCUCAGCCAUCUCCAUUCAGGCCCCAGGAAGCCCCGAGCAGUCAAGGAGUCUGAGCAGCAGCACUGUGGAAGCGUGUCCACAGGAGGCAGGAGGUGCUCCUGCCACCAGGAAAGUGGACAUCUAUCCCUGGGAGCUGGGAAAUAAGAUAAUGCGGCAGGAGACACUGUAUCAGGGGACAGGCGGGGACUCUCUCCAAGGGGAGGAGGAGGCCUCCAGAAAACGAAGCGCUGGAGAGAUGGGGGAACAAACUGUAAAGGCAAUGCAGAAAGCAAGUCCACAGGAGCCGGCAUGUCCCUGGGAGACCACAGCCCUUGGGCACUCCAGCCCAUGUCCAGAGAGUUCCUCACCCAAAGCUGGUGGUCAGCACCUAAGCUACAGAGAUAGCAGAGCCACACAAGUGUGUCCGUGGGAAGAGCUCAGGCCAGAGGAGGAAGCCACACCCGCCAAAGCAGAAGUCUGUCCCUGGGAGGUAGAUGACACAACAAAGAACGGGACAUCAGCACAGGCACCCAGAGGAGAACCUCAGAAGGACAAGGAGAAGACACCUGGGAAAUCAGGAUGCAAAGAUGGCACCGCCUGGAAAGAGUCUGAGGGGCAGAUCCAAGAGAUGGAAGCCAUCUGUCCCUGGGACAGGAUGGACCCUGGCAGUGCCCCCCAGCGCCCAGAUCCUCAAGAUGCAGAGAGACCCCCAGCCACAUUCCUGAUGUCAGGCAGUGUGGGCAGCAAAGCUGCUGAGAUCUGCCCAUGGGAGGUAGAGGAAAGCCUGGCUGCUGAGAAGGCAAAGAUCUGUCCAUGGGAGGUGGGCACCAGAGCAGAGGAAGAAGGAGCUUUGGGAGUCGAGGCCAUGAGAAAAUCUCCAGGUGACACAGGGACGACAUCUGCAGAUUCCAGACCCAGGGAAGCAGCUGCUGCUGCUCCCAAGAAGCCAGAGCGGGAGGUGGCCUGUCCCUGGGAGAGCUUGGUUCCAGAGGCCUCCUCUCAGCAUUCAGACACCCUGGACACUGACAGACCAAAAGCUGGAAUCCAGGCACUGGACCAAGUGGCAGGCAGGCCACCUGAGGUGUGUCCCUGGGAAGUACAGGAAGCUCCUACCAGUGAAAAAGCCAAGGUCUGUCCCUGGGAGGUGACCGAAGGGGCUACUGGGAAGGGACUAGAACAAGAGAUGUGGAGUGACCCAGCAGGGCAGAGGGAGAAAAAUCUAGAAAAAGGGAGACUCACCUCGCUGGGAGAAGACAUAUCAAAAGGGAUGGCAAAACAGAAUCGAGAACAGGAAGCUAUUUGUCCUUGGGAGAACCAGGACUUGAGGGAAUCCUCUGCUCAGGCCUCCGAGGGGUCUGGCUUGUCCAACAGCAUGAGGAGCAAGGUGGCAGAGGGGCAUUCCUCGGCAGCAACAGAGAAGGGGGACCUGAGACAAGACCCAAAGACAGGCUCCCUCCCGGAACACUUGGCCCAAGAACAAGCUCCAGCUUCGAAAGCAGAAUUUGCCACUGACGAUGGGGAAAGGACAAGCCAGGAGCUACCUAUCUGUCCAUGGAAGAGCAUGGCCCCAGCAGGAUCCUUCUCCCACCCUGACCGUCAGUGCCCUGCCCAACCUCAAGUCAGCUCCCAGAGGCUGGGCAGCACUGGGGACAGGGCCGCUGAGAUAUGCCCAUGGGACACUCCUGACCCAGAUGCACAUAAACCUGACAGCAGCGCCAAGGCAGAGAUCUGUCCCUGGGAGGUGACUGAAAGAAUCCCUGUUGAAGGGGUGUCAAGACAGGAUGAGAAAGGGGAAUCUCAGGAAGAGAAUGGCAGAGCCCAAAAGAAACCAGAGCCUGAAGGUGUGCUAGUUCAGAAAAAGCCAGAGACGACCGACUUCAGGAAGCAGGAGGCUGUGAGUCCCUGGGAAAGUCCAGAUGGCAGGGGUCUGUCUCCACAAACAGCCCCACAGGCUUCUGGCAGAAGCAAAGGCGGUCCUGAGGCAGCAGGCGGUGUGGAGGCCAGGGUAGCGGAGGUGUGUCCGUGGGAAGCGGAAGAAGCUUCUGCCAAGAAAGCAGAGAUCUGCCCUUGGGAGGUGAGUGAAGGAGCGGCUGAAGAAGGGGGACCAGAGCAGGAGGUGGGCAUAGAAGCCCCAAGGCAGGGAGAGAUGCUCCUUCCCAAGGCAGGUCCCAGAGGGACUGAGGAGCGCUCUCCAGAAGCAGCAGCUCUCAGCAGAGAGCAGGAGGCAGUGUGCCCCAGGGAAGGCACAGGCUCAGGGGGGCUCCUGCCCCAGUCAGGUGCACUGGGCACUGACCAACCAAAAGCCAGCCCCCAGGAAGCAAGCAGCAUGGGGAGCAGGAUGGCAGAGCUGUGCCAGUGGGAAAUCACAGAUCCAGAAGGCAAUAAGAUAAUGGGCACCAUGGCAGACAUCUGUCCUGGGGAGGAACCUGGCGUGCCAUCUGAGCCACCUGGCCUCCUGACUUUAACGGCAACUCGGACAGAAGUUUUCCUCCCAGCUCCUGAGAAACCACAAUGCCUUUUAGUCCAUGGACCUCUGGAGCACUUCCUUCCUGAGAGUAAAAGCCCCCACCCCAAGGUCAGCAAGCCAGACAGUGCUUUCACUCUGGAAGGAGUCCAAGAACUACAAGUCCCUUCAGAGCUUGGGCCAACAACCAGCUUAGCCCCAGAGCCAUGUCUCCAAGAAGUUGAGGCUCAGAAGUCUUCCUCCUUAACUCAAGAUCAAGGACAAGUGGCUUUUGAGGCUGAAAAUGAAGAACUCAGCCCCCCAGCUGCCUAUCCUUGGGACUGGGAGUAA